AUGGCUUCCUCCAGUGCAACGAUCGAACAGGACAGCAGCAAUGCUGCCCCCUCCACCACUACCGAUUCCAUUGCACCACCAGCCUUUCCAUGUGCACCCCUAAAGUCAGAAAACAACGACAAGGUUGUUGUCGUAGAUGCGGGUGCUGCGAUUAAAUUGCAGAGAAUUGAGAAUUUUGGGUCUGAGUUUUUCACCACCGAAGAAGUCCACGGCGAGAUCAAGGACAGUCAAGCACGACGACACUUGCAAACAUUGCCGUUUGACCUGCAACAGAAACAGCCGUUUAAGGAGGACUACAUGUUUGUACUGAUUAUUUCUUUUACUUCGACUUGAUGUGCUUGGAUUUGGUUUUGGAUCCCAUGGAGUUAACAUUGUCUAUCCUCAAAAUACACGCGAUUGAGUACUUAAUCAUGUGUCGCUCAAUUACCUUUUCCACAUCAUCAAAUACAUAGGUAAAAGCCUUCGCAAAAGAGACCGGUGAUGUUGGUUUUCUCUCCCACAACGACAUGGGUCUGCUUGCGCUCGCAGUCAGAUUGCAUCGUGAGAGUGGUAGCACUUUCGCGCUACGCGAAAAGCCUGAAAUGAGCCAAGUGUCGCAAAAACGUGUACCGUUCAGUUGGGCUCCUAGGGAAGGUUUUUUCCGCGACCGGCGACAAAGUUCGGCAUCUAAAGACGAGGAUUUUUUCUCCAGAGAUUCGCAUUUCGGAGGAGAUUGUGACACGGAUUCCUUAGCGACUUACGACCUAGAGAGUGGCUUAGAAGACGACCACGACAGCGUGACUGACUCUGCGUUGAGGAGUCAACAGGGUGACCACACUGACGAAGAACUUGUUUCUGGUGAAAACGAUGUGGAUGUAGCAGAGCGCGAGCUAGAGUGCGUGCCAGAGGACGAAGAGGAAGGCGAAGAUAGGCAGCCUAGUAAUCAACGUGUAGUCAGAUUCGCGGACGCGGAAAACAUUGAUGAGAACAUUGAUGAGGAUGUUGUUUCUAGUGGAGAAGCAGAAGAAGAGGAAGUUGUAGUGAAGGCUCAGCCACCAGCUGUGGUGACAACUCCAGCGGCCGCAGACAACUCGGGACGUGCAUUGUCAUGGGCCGAACGGGCAGCAGCCGCUAAGAAUCUCGCGCAGGAAGACCCAAAGAAGAAGGAGCAUCACGUCCAUGUGAUCGACGUUACGCCACCUGCACCUAUCAACGACUUUGGAGUUCCCGAAACAGAACGAAAGGGUUACACUUUGCCGACUUCGAAACCAACAGCAAACAGAUCUUCAGACGACAAAGUAGACCUAGACCUUGCUGACGAUUUAAGCAGAAAACUUGAUUUUGGUGAGAAGACGACUCCAGCUUCAACACUUCUAGAAAGCGCUGAAGAAUCCACAUCCGCAUCAGACGAGAAGAAGGAUGAGAAGGGAAAGAGUCGCAUUCUGAACUCCUCUUUUGCCCAAGAAACUAUUGUCAACCCAGACGAAGAGGACUCUGAAUCUGACGACGAUGAUGGAUGGGUCACAGUCGACAACAUCAACAGGCUUCAGAAUGUCGUAGAAGCGAAUAAGGGUUCCUCCAGUUCUGAUAGUGCGCAGAGUCCGAUCUGCAUCCUCUCUACAGAUUACAGUGUGCAGAACGUAGCCAUUCAAAUGGGCUUACAAGCAUUGAGCAUCGAUGGUUUUCGGAUCCGCAGCGUUAAACUAUGGGGUACUAUAAUUACAACUUACUACUUACAACUUCUAGAAGUGUCAUCGUUUGAACUUGUUUUGAACGGGUUGAAUACAGUAUUUUUUCACGAUGAAUGACAAGCUGCUUAUCGCGAUCUAUUUAUCAUUAUCAAAGUUAAUAAACUUUUCCACCCCACCACCACCACCACUUAAAAAAGUAAAAAAAUGUUUACCACCAAAUCUAGGUAAAAUUUGCCGCGCUUGCUUCCACACAACACGUGAUACGACAAAAAUUUAUUGUGCGAAAUGCGGAAACCCGACUUUGGACCGAUGCCCCUAUACCUUAGACGCCGAUGGGCGUCUAGUGAUGCAUGAUAACCGACGUAGGAAACCGAAUUUGCGAGGAACUAUCUACUCCAUUCCGAAAAGACGGGGAGGAAGAUGUACUAUUUUUAGGAUUUCUUGCAUCGACGAUGCUUUUGCACUGAAUUAUUAGAAAAUCUCUCACUAAAUAAUCUUGAUCAUUUAAACUACAAUUUUUCAACAUCGAUCUAAUAAGGACCAUCAAUUUUGUUUCCUAUCUUUCUCUCUCACGACCUGUUCUUUUGCCAGGUCACGACCUGCUUUUCCGCGAGGAUGAGCGCAUGAUGGGAGGUAGGGAUAGGCAGCAGAAAUAUGAGCAAAAGCUAGCGGAAAAACAGAGACAAAUCCGCGAGAAGAACGGGGACGACGUUGUCGAUGGGUGGUGCGCCAGACACAUAACUGGUACCGGAAACACGGUGUCACGAAACCCUAAUACUCUGAAGCACGGGUACGGACGAAGAAAUCCGAACUCCAAUAAUUUCAGAGGGCAGAAGUUCAAGUAAAAAGUGUGAGUGAAGUGAUUGGGUUUUUCAUGAGCAUAAUGGAAACUCGUGGUUUCAAAUUCAUGCAUGAUAAAAUGCAAAACUCAUUUUGAACGACUGCUAUUUCACAAACUGCGCGACAAUAUCCCGAACAGACUAGCACAUGCUUCUGCUGUUGUUCUGAGAAAAGUUCGUGUGUUCGAGCGACAUUUGUGCUGCAUAAUUAUUCACAAUUCUGGCCGUCUGGAGUGGGG